UCUUCAACCUCUCUCACCUUUGACCCUCCUCUCUCUCUCUCUCUGUACUUUUGUUCUUCUAUCUCUUUUUUUUCUCCAGGACUUGUUCUUCUUCCUCUGGUGAUUUUGUUUUUUUUUAUUGGAGUUAUGAAGGGUUUUCACUGAAACUAAUCCUCCUCAGAGACCUGGAGAUAUAUAUUAUUACUUUCUGUUUGUUGCUGCUUUUGCGAGACUAUGGCUGGUGGAAACGAAGUCAACUUAAACGAAUGCAAGAGAAUAGUGCCACUAAACACAUGGGUCCUCAUAUCCAAUUUCAAGCUCGCUUACAACAUUCUCCGUCGCCCCGACGGCUCCUUCAACCGUGCCCUCGCCGAGUUUCUUGACCGCAAAGUUCCCGCCAACUCUUUCCCCGUCGACGGCGUCUUCUCCUUCGACCACGUCGACUCCUCCUCCAACCUUCUCACCCGAAUCUACCAACCUGCUCCCCUCGACCACUCCCGUUUCGGCUCCGUCGACCUCUCCCAACCUCUCAGCACCACCCAGAUCGUCCCUGUUCUCAUCUUCUUCCAUGGAGGCAGCUUCACCCACUCCUCCGCCAACAGCGCCAUCUACGACACUUUCUGCCGCCGCCUUGUCACCAUUUGCGGCGUUGUCGUUGUCUCCGUCGAUUACCGGAGAUCGCCGGAGCAUCGCUACCCUUGUGCUUACGACGACGGAUGGAAUGCUCUCAAAUGGGUCAAGUCCAGAAUCUGGCUUCGGAGUGGUACAGACUCCAACGUUUAUGUUUAUUUGGCUGGAGACAGCUCUGGAGGCAAUAUAGCUCAUAAUGUUGCUGUGAGGGCCACCAAGGAAGGUGUUCAAGUGUUGGGCAACAUUCUUCUCCAUCCAAUGUUUGGUGGACUCGAGAGGACUCACUCUGAGAAGAGCCUUGAUGGUAAAUACUUUGUCACUAUUCAAGAUCGAGAUUGGUACUGGAGGGCUUAUUUACCUCUCGGUGAAGACAGAGAUCAUCCUGCUUGUAAUCCCUUUGGCCCUCGAGGUCAAAGCCUUGACGGACUCCGCUUUCCUAAGAGUCUUGUCGUUGUUGCUGGUUUGGAUCUUGUUCAGGAUUGGCAAUUGGCUUAUGUCGAUGGGCUUAAGAAGACUGGCCACCACGUUAACCUUUUGUAUCUCAAGCAGGCCACCAUUGGCUUCUACUUCUUGCCUAACAACGACCACUUUCAUUGUCUUAUGGAAGAGUUGAACAAGUUUGUGCACUCCAUAGAGGAGGAUGAUAGUCAAUGCAAGUCAACUCCUAUUCUCCUGACUCCGGAGCAACAACAAGGCCUGCUCUUGUUGCUGUUCCAUCUAUACAAACAGAGAAGAAGAACAACAUUAGAUCAGGUUUUCACUAGCUAUGAUGGGUUUUUGUACAGUUUCCACAAGUAUUCAGUCACGUUUUCGUGUCUUCGUUAGUCCCCUGAAGCAUCAUUUAAGUCCGGCUUAUUGUGAGAUCUUGGUUUGCGCCGGAAGCAAAAACCAAUUCUGUUAUCGGCAUCUACCGGUUUUGGGCUACGAUGGUACUUUGUUUUGUAGUAUAGGUAGUCUUUAAUCGGCUCUAGAGUACAGAGGGUAAAAUUACAAUACAAGUAAUCUGUCUUCAACAUGUUGUGAGAACCAAAAAAAAAAAAACUUAUCCGUGGUAUGGAUUUGUAUGUUUAUAUUACUUUUGUGUACUCAUGCUUUUAAUAGAAAGAGUAUGUCUUUGUGGUUGUAGUUUAUCACCUUCUUUUUGUUUUAGUUCAUGUAUUGAAG